AUGGAGUCAUUCUACGGGGAUGGAUACAUCCACCUGCGGACAAGGGAGACGUCCAAUCAGACUUUGCUCCACGUGCGUUUCCGCACCUCCAGUCCGGCUGGCAUGCUGUUCCUGGCCGCUGGACGCAGAGACUUCCUGCUGUUGGAGCUCCUCUCCGGGCGCCUGCAGGUCCGUCUGAACCUGGGCUCGGGUGAGCGUUCACUGCGCUCAGAAGAGGGCGUCAAUCUCAGCAACCUGGCAUGGCACUCCAUGGAGCUGACCCACGACCAGCGUGACGUGAACAUGACCGUGGACGGAGACUCUCGCGCGAGCCUCCGUAUGCCGGGACCAGACCGGGAGCUCAGCGUCGAGGACGGCCUUUUUGUUGGCGGCACCGCCGGGCUGAAUCCACCGUUCCUUUUCAGCGGCUCCGCUGGGUUUCGAGGCUGCGUAGACGAGGUUGUGUUUAACGAGCACAACCUGUUGUCCAGCCUCAGGCCUCAUUCCGGGUACAAGAGCGUCCACGAGGUGUCUCCGGGCUGCAGCUCACAGUUCGCGGCCACGGAAGACGAUGCCGUCAGCUUUUUCAGCUCUAAAGCUUUCAUCUCUCUCCCGCGGUGGGAAGGGCCACAGGAGGGCGUGUUUGAAUGUGAACUGUACCCCUCUGCCAGAGAAGACGAUGGCCUGGUUCUGUACACCUCCGGCAACCAGGGAGGGUUCGUGGCUGUGGAGAUCCGAGAUGGUAACCUCGUGGCAACGGUCGCCACCGGAGGGGGCAGUAAAACGGAGCUGCGUUCUGUAAUGCACGUUCACGGCGAUCGCUCGUGGUACCCCAUCCAGCUGCACCUGCUGCCCCACAGCAUCCAGCUGAAGGUGGGCGAGGAGACGGUUAAGGCCACGCUGAGUCAGGAUCUCCAGGCCAUUCAGCUCGACGGGCCUCUGUUCCUGGGAGGGCUGGACGAAGAAGCGCGGGGCGAGGCCAGGCGAGCUGGGCUGUUGUCCGGGCGGGGAGGCUCCUUCAGAGGCUGCCUCCGAGAAAUCAGGGUGAACACUCAAAGAACGGGCCUACCCCACGCCGUCAUCACCAAGGACAUCACUGUAGGCUGUAAGACAGGGCAAGAUCCAGAUGUGCUGACCACGAUGAGUCCAUCAGAUCGCUCCGAGUUUGAUGGGACAACCCCACAACCAAUCGGCCACGAUAAGAAGAACACUAACUUUUUGUUGCUGAGAAAGCUUGAAGUUCUGGAGGGAGGUCGGGCACCGCUGGAGCCCAAACACCUGAGGGUGAAUCUGGAUUUUAGGAAAUUGGGCAUUCAUCCAUCCCAACUGAUGUUCCGUAUUGAGGGCCAGCCCGUCCACGGCCAGCUCCAACUGGACCUCAGUCCCGACCCGGAGGGCAUGCUGCGAGAGGGCCAGGAGAGGACUAUCACAAUAGGAGCAGGAAAGAUGGACUCCACUUUCAGUAUGCUGGACUUGUGGCAGGGCCGUGUGAUAUACGUUCACAGUGGUUCAGAGGACCAGCAUGACUUUUUCACCUUUUCAGUAUUCACCAACAAAAGAAAGACGCCUCCUGUUUUUCUGAAGGGUAACCGCCUGCAUCGGUUCGACAUCAGCAUCAGUCCUGUUAACGACGCGCCUGUGCUCAGCCUGCCGGAGGGAAACCUCUUCACGCUGUUGGAGGAGUCCAGCCGACAGCUGACAGCAGAUUGGCUGAAGGUGUGGGACCCUGACAGCAGUCCUGCAGAGCUGGUGUUCAGCUCUCUAGGAGACCUCAACGCUGAGGUUGGACACCUCGAGCACCAGGACUACCCCGGCAGGGCAAUUAACUUGUUCCCACUGAAUGAUCUGGCGGAGGGUAAGAUCUGCUUUGUCCACACCGGGGUCCCCACCUCCCGGCUGGCACUCAGGGUCAGCGACGGGCUUAAGUUGAGCAACACAGUAGUCUUGAGGAUCUUGGCGGUGCCACUCGAACACACCUUGGUGAAUAACACCGGACUGGAGGUGAACCAAGGCGAGGCUUUCAUCAUCACCACCACUCACCUCGCAGUACAAGUUAAUGUGAAGGACCAGGUGGUGGAAAUCCGCUAUGCCGUUGUGGAGUCACCACAACAUGGCGAGCUCCAGCGGUUGCACUCGAGUGGCGACUGGAAACCGACAACUUCCUUUUCUCAGAAGCUUCUGGAAAAAGAACGGAUCCGAUACCUCAGCACUUACCACAGCGUUCAGCCUCAGACUAACGCCACUGAUUACUUCAAAUGUAAAAUCAGCAUAGGAUCUCGGGCUUCCGAGGAGGUUGUUUUCCCCAUAACAGUACGCUGGAUCCACUAUAAGGUCACACGCAGCAAGAUGGAGGUCAACGGUGUUCGGUCCACUGCGCUCACUCCCAAGGACUUUCAUGUGAUCUCAAAGGGUGUAAAAGUCAACGAGAGCGACCUCUACUUCACGCUUGUCACGGUGCCAAAGAAAGGGCAGCUAUUCCUCGACAACAAAGCUCUGCGGAGGAACUCGGCCUUCAGCCAAAAGAAUAUCACAGAUGGCUUGAUGAAGUACGAGCUGCUCAACAUGCUUCAGGAGGACACAAGAGACACGUUCAGCUUCCAGGUUUUCACCACACAUGCCAACUCUACAGCUCACGACUUCCGGAUCAACAUCAGAGCCGAGUCGAUCGCCAUCACCGUUGUAAACAAAGGCCUGUCGACCCCGGAAGGUGGAAGUAGAGUCAUCAGCAAAGACAUCCUGUUCACUCACACAGCCAGCAACCGGGACGUCCACUACAGCAUUACGGGGAGCCCCAGGCACGGCCACUUAAGGAGAAUCAACCUUUCCAACUCCACUUCCACUGACGAGGACAUUGUGGCAUUUACAAACCAGGACAUCAUUGAGGAGAGGGUCGUGUAUGUCCACGACGACAGUGAGACCAAGCAGGACUCCUUCACUUUUCAAAUUGUGGUUUGCAAAGCGAACAAACACACGGGAAAGCAGCAGGAUCGGAGGACGGCUGAGCACACCUUCAACAUCUCUGUGCAGCUCGUCAACGACGAGAGACCUGUCAGGAUUGUCGAUAAAGUUUUCCAUGUAGCCCGCGACGGGCAGAGGUUGGUGACGUUGAACGACCUUCGUUUCCGGGACAACGACUCUGACUUUGAGGACAAUUGGUUGGUGUACACACGAAGAGGGAUUCCAUUGGGAGAGCUGGUGCUGGCCAGUGAUACCAGUCACAAGCUGUACGAGUUCACGCAACGGGAUCUCCAGCAGAAAAAAGUGUUGUUUGUCCACAGAGGAGUGAGUUUUGGACGUUUUGUGCUUUUCGUAUCAGAUGGAAAACAUUACGUCUCAACACUGCUGGAGGUGAUGGCACAGGAUCCUUACCUUCAAGUCGAGAACAACACAGGCCUCGUGGUCCAGCGAGGUGGCUUCAAAGCCUUGACCUCUGCCAACCUCAGCAUCUUCAGCAACCUGGACAUCCGAGACCCACAGGAAAUAACAUUUGAGGUCUUCCUUCCACCGAAACACGGCGUGCUGUGCUUUGAUGACGGAGAUGGUCUAACAGCAGCAGACGCAAUUUCAACAUUUACCCAGCGAGAUUUGGUGUUGGGUCGCCUGGCGUAUCACCACGACGGCAGCCACGAGUUGUCAGAUGGGUUCAAUGUGACGGCAAGAGCAAACGAGAAGAACACACAGAUGCAUCUAGAUAGGAGGAGGAGGGAUAUAAAACUGGACAUUGGAGUCACGGUAAAAAUCUUUCUGGAGAGCCACCAGAGGCCGCCAACGGUCAUAAGUAACCGGCCAGUGGUUGUGUCCGAGGGGCAGUACGUCUCUAUAAGCAAGGAGCACUUAGAGGUGGUUCAUGAGGACAGCAGGCCCUCAGAGAUAGUUUUUAGCGUCCAACGUCCUCCAGCCCUGGGCUUUCUACAGCGGUUUCCCCCCAAGGAGAAGCACCAGACCAACAAGCUGGGCGAGCAGCUGCACCUCCAUCAGAAUCCUCCUUCAGGCAUCAACGGGCAGCCAACAUAUUCCUUCACCCAGGAGGAUCUCAACCAGGGAUUGAUCAUCUACCACCAGAAGGCUGCAGGACGCACCAACGACUCUCUCCUGCUGGAGGCAACGAACAGCGUCACAAGGGUCGGACCUUUCAGGGUAGAGAUUGACAUCAUCCCAACCCUGCUCCCUCUUCAGGUGUGUGACUUUACCAUUGAUGAGGGUUCGUCCCUGCCAUUGACCCCUGACAUCAUCACAGUGGCCAGUCAUCACUUUUCAGGGUUGAACUUCCUGUAUCAGGUCAUCGCUCCACCACGACACGGACACUUGGAGCACAGUCGGAUCCCGGGGAUGCCCAUUGCUGCUUUCACUCACACUGAGUUGGAACGUGAGUACAUCUCCUAUAUCCACGAUGGCAGCGACACACUAAGAGACAACUUUACCAUUGUGGCCAAUCAGACGGAAAUCAAGAAGAACAGCCUGCCGUGCACUGGUCACAUCAAGGUCACACCUGUUGAUGAUGAAACUCCCGUUGUUACAACCAACAAGGGUCUGAAGGUGUGGGUGGGUUCAGUGACAGAAAUCACCACGGAUGACCUUAGAGCAGAGGACUCGGACACUCCUGAACCUGAGGCUCUGGAGUUCAUCGUCACACCACCAAGCAACGGUCACCUGGCCCUUAAGAGGGCCCCCUCCAGACAAAUCCUCAACUUCACCCAAAAUCACAUACAAACCGGGCAAUUGAUGUUUGUGCACAGCGGUGCUUUAUCGGGUGGCUUUCACUUCCAGGUGAACGACGGCGUGAACUUUGCCCCUCGACAGAUUUUCAGCACAACUGCCUACUCUCUGGUCCUCACCCUGCAGAGAAAUCAUCCCAUGGAGGUCUACCCAGGCUCUGUGACACCAAUCUCUGAGCAGGAGCUUCAGGCCGUAACCAACGAUGUGAGCGACAUGAGAAGAAACAACUCAGUGGUGUUUGUGGUAACUGAUCCUCCUAAACUUGGCAACCUGGUCCGCCAUAUGCCCGACAACUCCACCAGAAACAUAUCCACGUUCACACAAGGCAUGGUGAAAGAUGGGGUUAUUUUGUACCAUCAGAACAAGCCACAGUCAGUGGGAUGGUCGGCUGCAGACGCUUUCUCUUUCACCGUGUCCUCUCCUCCGGCUUUCCUGGCUCCGCACACCUUCAACAUCUUAAUCUCCUAUCAGGCCAACGCGCAUCACGACAGCCGUCAACACAAAACCGGACUGCUGAGCAACGCAGGUGCUGUGGUUGCCGAGGGAGGCAGAGUGACGAUUGACAGGUCUAAACUCGAUGCCUCCAAUCUCCUUGGGAAAGUGCCUGAGCCGCACCGGAAAGACCACCACGUCAUGUAUCGCCUGGUUUCCCCGCCGCGCCACGGGUCUCUGUCCAUACAAGGACAAAACCUCACUAGGAACCAAUCUGAUUUCUCUCAAUUCACCCUAAACAAGUUCGGCAUCACUUAUGCCCACGAUGACUCGGAGACGACCAGCGACAGCUUCUCCUUCCGGGCCUGGCUGUCGUCGUUAGAUGUGGUUUCUCCUCGCCUGGCCCGGGACAGCCUGGCGGUGACGGAGACGUUCAACAUCACGGUGACACCGGUCAACGACCAGCCGCCGCUCAUCCGGGACAGAGCGCCGAGUAUGAAGGUUGUUAUCGGGGAGAGGGUGGUACUUGGACGGGACCAUCUGCAGGUUGAGGACCAUGACACCCCUCCAGAGGAGCUGCACUACCUUGUGAUCAGUAAACCCAGCAACGGCUACCUGACGCUGGGGGAGAGACUGGAGCCGGUGACCUCCUUCACCCAGUAUGACGUCAACCACGGCCGGCUGCACUUCAUACAGCAGGGAGAGCCCUCAACGGGUGUUUUCUACUUCAACGUAACCGACGGUCACCAUCGUCCACUCUACAAACUGUUCAGUUUGGAGGUGAUAAAGCCCUCUGUCUCCAUGGUGAACAACACUGGCCUGUCAUUGGUCCAAGGCAGGACGGCUGUGGUCCUGACGACCAACCAGUUUGCAGCUCAAACCAACAGCCGCAGGCAGGUCAACAUCACGUACACGGUCACCACACACCCUCGCCACGGACGCAUUGCUAUUAACGACCAGGAAGUCGCAGCUUUCCGCCACGAGGACGUGCAGUCAGGACGCGUUGUCUAUCACAUGACCGAUUUCAGCGAAUCAGAGGACAGCUUCCGAGUCACAGUGUCGGCCACGUCACCUGGUGUCGAUUAUGGAAGUCUGACAGCGCAGAUGGUGAAUGUAACUGUGCGGCCUCUGGUGUACCUGAGGGAGCCGGUGAGGGUGCCCAGUGGGAUUGCUGUGAAGUUGGGGAAGGCCAUGAUCGACGCCUCCGAGCUGGCGAGAAUCAGCCGAGCCAACCCAGUUUUUCUGGUUCUGUCGCCACCAAAACAUGGAAAACUAGUCAAGAUGACCUACGACCCCAACCGAGCGUCCGAGGUGCUGAAGUCAUUCACGUUUAGAGAUGUGGUGCAGGGCCGGGUCGCCAUCGAGGAGACUCUCAGCGACAGCCGGCAGCACGACAACGAAUCGGCACUCGUGACAGCUAGAGGCCACGCCCCCGCCACGCCUCUCAACGAUUCGUUCACCUUCCUGGUGAAGGCUGGAAACGUCCAACCGGCGAAGGGCGAGCUUCACUUCACCAUCCUGCCCCACCACCAGAUGCACCACGGUCCGAGCAGUUCGAAUACGGACGGCGAACAACCAACCACCCGUCUCCCGACGCAUAAUAAGACCGCGAUGACGCUCAGCGGGGACGGUGCGGCUUUGCCCCCCCACAUUUUGUCACAUAAGAACCACAACAGGACACUGCACAAGUUGAGGCCUCACAGCCGCGGGAGGAACCACACACGCAGCGGCGGCGGCCAUGGGGGAAGAUCGGGGAGUCACGCAGAGGGGGUGGGUCACGGUCACGGCCACGGCCACGGCCAACCGCCCCACACUCCGUCAGUCUCAAACAAACACGCCCCAGCCUUCCCUCCCGGCUUGCACCCGGUCCACGUCGAGAUCCUCCCUCGCCCCUCCUCGGACCCGCUGCUCAUCAUCCUGCCGCUGCUGGCCUGUUUGUUCCUCAUCACGAUCCUCGUAGUUCUGAUCCUGGUGUUCCGCCGCCGCAAGGAGAAACGGGCCCGGCUGAGGCUCCUCCAGCAGCUGGCCGCGGGGACGCUGCCCGAGGAGGGCAGCCCUUACCUGGGCCGAGCGGAGCGGAGCCUGGCCAUGCCCUCCGUGGUGGUCACCCCGCUGGGCCCCGCGAGCUGCCCUACCUCCCCCAGGCGACAUUUGAGUCCCAGGAGGAGGAGCCUGGCGCCCGGGAUGACCUUCUGGGGGGCAUUUGAAGCCGAUGGAGUAGGUGGUGAUGGGAAUAUUGUAGGUGGUGACGGUGUUGAAAAGGAUAUGGAAACUACAGGAUUCCAGACGUCUCUGAGAUCUAGGUCUCCUACUCCGACUCUUAAAAACAACCAGUACUGGGUUUGA